UAGAUUAAUCAUUCUCAAAAACAAAUUUAGACACUGAACAUGAAAAGAAAGCGAGAGAAAUUUUAAGCUUCAGAACUUGACACUGGUGAGGUGUACUGCUUACUCUCACAUAAAGUACCACACGUUAAGAAGACCAAAGUCCCUGAUCAGACAUUAUAUAACUCUGCCAUUUAUACGUCGGGCCAUUUACUAGGUGGGCUAUAGAACCAUAUGUACCAUGAUCUCUGUAAGGACUUUCCUUUUGUUGGCAAUGUUUGGAGUCAUCACGGCUGUGUCUAGGAGAUGCAGCCCAUCUCACGGUCCACCAGGUGAUGCAGUGUGUUUGCGUGUUUCGGGGUACAUUGGAUACCAAUGGGCUACCUGCCUUACUGACACAUACAUUAAGAUAAAAUCAAACAACAGGCACGCAUGCGAGGGCACUCCAAGCACUAGAUACUGUUACUACCAAUGUAUGUGUGAACGAUAUGACAAAUGUGAUGGUCAUUCUGUGAGAGGUCUGUGUUCUUGUAAUCCAACAGAUACCAGCCACACACCAGCAUCAUUAGUACCACUGCCGUCCUGGUGCUUCAGUCCUAACGGUACGACUUGUUCCUGGUAUAACGACUGUUUACAGAAGCGUUAUCCGUGUCCAGGGUCGAGUGCAGCAAAUGCUUUAAUCCUCGCUAAGAAUUUUUGCGAUCUGUAUGCCGAUCAUAAAAACUCAAUUUCAACAAACGGUCAAGACUGGAUUGGUGCUGUCAGUAAAUGUCUCCAGUUUGUGCUGGUGCCAAUAUUACGUCCAUGGGAAAACCUCGCCAUCACGUGCACAUCUAUAAAGAACGUGACAUCUGCGUCACAUUCCAAAUGCUUCUCAGGCUUACCAUUCUGUCCUUUAAGCUUCAGUGACCAAAUGACGAUUUUUUGGACAAUCAAGGGUGGAUUUACUGAUGCCUUUGUCGACGCCAUGAAAAGUUUCUGGGAAAUUGUGUAUGGAUGUCUCAAACAACAUACAACAAAUGUUGACCUUACCGACAACAAGUUAGCGCGUGUGAAGGUAAUCGUGAAGAAACAUGCGUCUAUGGAUAACACUCCUGAUAUCUUUGCCGGUCGCCUAGUCGAUGCAAUUGCCUUGAAACAGAAAUGGGCAGCGAAUGGGCUUGCUUGGUAUGGCUUCCACGAGGUAGCAAAAACCAGCACAGAUUUCAGUGUCAACAUAGUACUUGCACAGAAAUCGGAUUUCGACCUUAAUGCUCUAAUUGUCCCACUCCCGAGUCUGAGGAAUGUUAUAACGUCACUUGGAGAUUCGAUCAACGGUAGUCUUACAUGUAUACGCAAGUGGACAACAUCCAUGUUGACUUUCAGUCGAUGACGGCGUGCAACGAUAUCAACUGUGACUCGUCCUUUCUUGAAGUGACGUCUCAAUCACGUCCUAAAUGUACCGGAUCUUCGUUCAAACUAUCCGGCCUGCUUCUGUUCAGCGUUGGAGUUUUAGUUCUGAAUAUAGUUUAGUAUCACGUAUAUUCACAACCGAAAACUUCAGAUACAUGAUCGAUCGCUCCUCUUGCAAAUCUGAUUAACGUCGUAACUUCACUUGGAAAUUCAAACAACAUUUGUUUAACGCAUUGUUUUCAAUGCACGCACAAACACUGUCUGAAAAUUGGUGCCAAAAAUCCAAUACGAAGGCGAUUCUGAAGUAGUUACACGUGUCAAGUAAAGAUUGAUCCCUUUUAGAUUGGAAGCGCUCACAAGUAAAAAUCCUAUUUACAAUAUGUCCAUACUAAUAGAAAGAACAUAUUAUAUAUUAGUUAUAUCCAUUUAACAUAAAUGUUUCUGAAGUUAUUUAGAUCUAGAUAUGGCAAAGGAAUGUCGAGGAAUGAGCGACAUGCUCCAAGGUCCAUUACAAUGAUUUUCCCCUUUUCUUUUAUCAGAACUAAACAAUAUCCUCGUGUGGUAUUUUGGUACUUAUAUAGUCUAUUUCACAAAAGGAGCUUUAUAAAUUAACAUCAUCAUAUAACAUAACUGUAUUUUCAACUUCAUAUUUAUACAUUAAUAUAAUCUAACCAUCCAGUUGUUAUAAUAUAAAACUCAACUAUGAAAACAAAACGACAUUAAAUACAAUCUUUAAUAUUAAAAUGAACCCGUAAUUCUAAUUCAAAAUCGAUGAGACGGGGCAAAUACGAAUAAAGCCGGUAGGUUUUCAUGGAAACACUUGAAUUAAAAGUCUCCUGCUUCAUCGACCAAAUUAGGAAUGGAAAUCUAGGUAAUCCAGUUUAGUCACAUUCUAUACUUGUUUAAAACUAC